AUGACCUCGACGACUCACCGACGAUCUUCUCGUAGCCAGGGCGAUGUCUGGUCCACGGCCGUGGGCGCCGCGAGUCUGGCGUGGGUAGCGUGGAGAUGGUAUGAGAGCUCGAGAAAAGCAUCAGCCUCAUCAAGCAGUCAAAGGCGAGCAGAGGUCGGGAAGGGGGGCGGAGUCCAAGACGCGGUGAGCAGCGCACUCGAGCGCGCACGCGCGCGUGCGCUCAACUCGAACUGAUCAUCCGCCGCCUAUCGACAUUCACGUGAUUAGGGCUUGACAGCUGCUGAUCAACGAUCCAGCAUGUCUAUCGCUCUGCCAGCCGACUUUCAGCGCACCCAAGCGUCUUUGCAUUCACUGCGAGAGUUUCUCCAAGUUGUGUCUCGAGCACAUCUGGUCCACCUCUUGGCCUCUGCUGUCGACAGUCCAUCGAGACCCCUGCACGUGGAGCUCAGAGGUAUCCCGGGCUACGAUACGAGGCGCACGCUAGAGUACAGGAAUGCAGGCGCAAAAACGAUGCUGGUUGCUACGAUGCGGUGUAGGAUUCAAGUGGAGAUUCGAAACAGCUCUGCAGAGCUCCAGAACAGCCGCGCGUCGUCAUGCGACGGGGUCAGGAGCGCAACGGCAGACGUCGGUCGUCCAGGUAGCCUGCAAGUGCUUCUGAUCUUGCCAGACGUUGCAUUAGCAACAACGAAUCUCGACGGCAACCAGACGUGGUCAUGCACCGAGCAAGGCCCACAAGAUGAUUCGGGGCCCACAUCGGCGUGCCACGCUGCAGGCAACAUUCGUGUCAUCGACUUGCGCUGCGAAGCGGACGCAGAGCUGGCAUGGAUCAGAGCAGCUCGCCAUAUCACAGACCUCGUUGCCUCGCAGGCAAAUCAAUGA